AUGUCGUCGACGGCUGACGAGUCGCUACCGCUAUUCCACGAGAACACUGCUGGCCAAGGCCAACAAGACAACAUGGUCCCCAACACCAAAAAAGCCCAAAUCGAAUGCAUUUCGGACGAUGCCCUCAUUCAUCUCAAGUCCUACAAGUACUCCAGCGUCGACAAGUCGCCUGUCUCCAAGUACAUUCUCGGUCCUUGGUGGAACUUUUUCGUCACCCUGUUGCCGCUAUGGAUGGCUCCUAACAUGGUGACUCUCGUCGGCUUCUUCUUCAUCCUGGCCAAUGUCGCUCUUCUUGUCGUCUAUAUCCCUGACCUAAUCGGCCCCGGCCCUUCCUGGGUAUAUUUCAGUCUGGCUUUCGGCCUCUUCAUGUACCAGACCAUGGACAACGUCGAUGGCAAGCAAGCCCGCAGAACCGGCACCUCGAGCGGCCUCGGCGAACUCUUCGACCACGGCAUCGACUCUCUCAACUGCACCCUCGCUAGUCUUUUCCAGGUCGCCGCCAUGGCUCUCGGCGCCUCCCCCGCCGGCGUCUUCACUGCUCUCUGCCCUUGCGUCGCCAUGUUCUUCUCGACCUGGGAGACCUACCACACUCACACACUCUUCCUCGGGUUCAUCAAUGGCCCGACGGAAGGUUUGCUCAUUGCUUGCGGCAUCAUGAUUACUUCUGGCAUUUGGGGCCCCGAGGUUUGGAGUCAGCCAAUGGCAGGCAUAUUCGGCGACAGCCUGCCUGGUCUUUCUGAGCUGCUUGGCGACACGUCUGUCCGCGAUAUCUGGGUUCCCCUCGUCGCUGUUUCGCUGCUGGGCACGCACGUACCUUUUUGCGUCUUCAAUGUCAUCGAUGCUCGCCGCAAACAGGGCCUUCCCGUCGCGCCCGUCUUCCUCGAACUUGCGCCCAUGACCGUAUUUACCGUCACUAUCAGCGCCUGGCUCGCCUCGCCCUACAGCACACUUAUGAAGGAGAACCACUUGGUCUUGUUCUGCUGCACCAUGUCGUUUGUUUUUGGCCGGUUGACCACUAAGAUGAUCCUAGCCCACUUGACGCGCCAGCCCUUCCCUUACUGGACUGCCAUGCUCUGGCCUCUGGUCGGCGGCGCUGUUCUCACCAACCUGCCUCACAUCGGAUUCCCGCAGCUGAGUGCUAGUCUCGAGGCCUACUACCUCUGGGCCUACUUUGUGUACGCCGCUAUCCUUUAUUUUCGCUGGGCCUUUGUCGUCGUCAACGCCAUCUGCAACUUCCUGGGCAUCAACGCGCUCACUAUUCCCAAGGACAAGCAGAUCGCCAACAAGCGCGCUCACGAUGCUGCAAAGCUGCACUAA